AUGGCUGUAUCACUGAAGUUACUCAUAAAAUUCGUCAUAAUUUCUUAUUUGAAUGCACUUAUCAAUGGCGAGUGUAACUUACCCAGUGAUUUCUGGUGCGAUCAUGUAAAAAUUGAGAAAGAAUGUGGAACGGAACGAUACUGUGCAACAUAUCGCAAGAAUAUGCGCAAUCGACCGUUCGAUAUUAAGAUAUUUUUGGAUGGAAAUGCAAACGAUUCGCAAAAUUUUAUUACCGAAAAGCUCUACCCAAAUUUGGUUUCACAUCCCGAAAGAGCAACAAUUCGUCUGUUCCCAGUAACCUUAAACAAGCACUCUUACAAACCGAAAAAAUGCGUGUUUGACGAUCCAGAAUGCAAGUUGAACGAAUUACUCUCUUGUGCGAUUGAGUAUCUGAAUGGUGAGAAACUUCACCACUUUGUGUUUUGUGUUGAAUUGAGCAUCAAAUACAAUCGGACUGCCGAGGAGAGCGAAAUAUCAUGCGGCAAUGAGAUUAUAUCAGAUAAUGAACAACAGUUGAUUAGGUAUUGCAUGAAAUCAUCACGAGAAAACGGACAAGAAGCAAUAGUGGAAAAAAUGGCUCGAACAUUGAAACCUGCAACAUAUCUUUUCUUGCCAUGGAUAUCGAUCAACGACAAAAGUUUAGCUGGAAUGCAGGCGUAUCAGUCAAUGCUAAAAUCAAAACUGCUCACUUGGCAUAAAGUUUUGAAUAAGAAAACGAAUCGAUCAGUGACACGCACUGGUUCACGAUGCAUGCUGCCACCUGAUUUCUGGUGUGAAUCCACGCAGAUCGUCAACGAAUGCUUCGAUACGAGCAAAUGUGCCCUUUAUAAAAGAAAUUCCAAUGGACAACGGAUUCAGUUGACUUUAUUAUACGCAACGCAUUGUCCGUUUUCUCAAGCAACGAUUGUCGACAACUUCUAUGAGAAUGUUUGGUUGAACAAAAAAUUACGCAAAUUUUUCAAAAUCAAAUUCCUUCCUUACGGAAACGGUAAAGUGGACAAUGACGGCAAUGUGACGUGUCAACAUGGACUUGCUGAAUGUGUCGGCAAUACGAUACAUGACUGUGUUCAGGCUAAAACAGGCUAUGAAGAGACGAUCGAAUAUAUAGUGUGCCAUAUGCGUGAAGUACGUGAACGUGGAAACGAUCGAAGUGCAUUCGAGAAGUGUUCCAAUAAACUGGGAUGGUCAUCAGCAAAAAAGCAUUCUAUCAGGAAAUGCACGAAUUCUGAGGAGGGCCACAAACUACAGUUGCGAACCGCAUACGCAAGUGAAAAUCUAGAGCCUGAACUGAAGCAUUUUAUACCAUGGUUGGUCAUAAACGACUACAGUACACUUGAAAUGCAAGGCUAUAUCAAGGAUCUUGCAAAUUUCCUUUGUCGAUGGUAUUAUGGCGCAAACGAUGCACGAAAAGAGUGCAAUUUAUGUGAAUAUGCACCCAGUCGAUGUCACAACAACUUAAACACUUAUUAA